AUAUGAUCCUCAACAAGGUUGUAAACUCUUGCGCCAAAUUUGAGUUGUCAUGUUUUCUCUCACUAGUUACUCCCAAUAAUCAUUGCAGUUGAUUGAAAGUUGGAAAUCUGGACAACAAUUUUGAGAAAACUAGACUGGUUGCAAACCCGUAUGUGGAUCCUCAGACCAGAAUUUUGUCCUCUAUUGGGUUUUUCAGAAUGAACAAUGUUAACAGUGAGGACCCCACCCGUCAGGUUUAUUCAGAAUUAGGAAACUUUAUCCCGACUGGAUAUCAGGAAAAUUAUGAUUGUGAAUUAUCACAAAGCACCGUUGCUGCUGGCAGUUGUGGUGUUGGGAAUCAUUUGCCUAUUUUUCAAAAUAUGUUGAGUCAAGUCGAUGAAAAACCGAAAAUACUAUUGAUGGGUUUAAGAAGAAGUGGUAAAUCAUCAAUUCAACGGGUUGUUUUUCACAAAAUGGCACCAAACGAAACAUUGUUUUUGGAAAGUACCCACAAAAUUGAAAAGAAUGACGUAUCUGAAUGCUCUUUUAUCAAAUUUCAAAUAUGGGAUUUUCCUGGUCACAUUGAUUUUUGUGAUGAAACCUUUCAAUCUGAGGCUAUAUUUUUAGCUUCUUGUGCUAUAAUUUUCAUUAUCGAUGCUCAGGAUGAUUAUCAUGCGGCUUUAACCCGCCUACAUGCUACUUUAGAAUCAGCGUUCCGUUUUAAUAUGAAUAUUAAAUUUGAAGUAUUUAUUCAUAAAGUUGAUUGUUUAUCAGAUGAUCAAAAAAUGGAUAUACAACGAGAUAUUACCCAACAUGUAACAAGUGUCUUAGAGGAUUUAUUGUGCGAACAACCGUCGAAUGCUGGAAUUAGUAUAGGAUUUCAUUUAACUACAAUAUAUGAUCAUUCAAUUUUUGAAGCAUUCAGUAAAGUGGUGCAAAAAUUAAUUCCUUACUUGGAAGCAUUUGAACAUUUAUUAAAUAUAUUUAUUACAAAUUCAAUGGUGGACAAAGCAUUUCUUUUUGAUGUCACCAGUAAAAUAUAUUUAGCAACAGAUUCAAAUGCAGUAGACAUGCAGACGUAUGAAUUAUGCUGCGAUAUGAUUGAUGUUGUCGUAGAUGUGGCAGCAAUCUACACUCCCCAAUCUAAUUUGUUGAUCCGCCUGUAUCUGAGCAAACUGGGGCAACAAUUAUCUUAAACAAUGACAGAGCAUUAUAUCUUCGUGGCGUCAAUCAGUAUAUGGCUCUAGCUUGUUUGAUGUAUGAAGAAUCUUUAGAGAAAAUGGGCUUAAUAGAAUUCAAUUUUUGUGUCAUUAAGAAUGCAUUACAACAAAUGCUUGAAUUAAAUCAACAACAUGCAAAGCGAGAACUAGCUGCUUUGUUGACACAACAGCCGUCUUCAGAUCCUAUACCAGAAGAUGAAGAGCCAGUAAACGAACUUGAUUCGAGUGGAAAGGAUGAAGAUGGACAGGAAGUUAGUGAUGGAGAACCAAAAUAUAAAAAUAGAGAUGUAAGAAGAGAAUAGUAGAAUCUUGUAAUGUACAUAUAUAUUGGUCAUCAUUAUGGUUUACUUCCAUCAAAGGUGACUUUUUGCUACCUUGUACACAUAUGUAAAUGAUUUGCGUAUAUAUGACACAUGCAAAAUCCUACAUGAAUUUCUUGCCCGUUCAUUUUCAUUCGAAGCUGUUAUCAUUGUGUUCUGGAUGCAGUGUGCUUCCUAGUUUAAUGUUUUUUGCAAAACCUCCUGCUUAUAUUUUAUUGAUCAUCAGCUCAUCUCAACUUGACGAUUUGAUAUUUUACUUUUCUGCUUUAUAAGAAUAAAGAGACAUACAUAUGAUUUAAUAAUAAUUUGUUCUGAAUACAGUGUAAUAUAUUCUAAUAUUUUCAAUUUGUAAUGAGUAUGAAAAUUGUUUUUAUCAGUGCAAUAGGUGUUGUCAGGGUCAGUUGAAGUUCAUGCAGUACAAACCAGUUUUGUGUUAUUUUCAGUAAUCUUUAGAAGUUAUUGUAUUAACGACGGAUAUUACCAAUACUGUAUAUAUAUCUGUGGUGAGACGACUGUGGUCGUCGUAAUAGA